AUGCAGCGCUGGGAUGCAGUGGAACCCAAUUUCUUCAGGGAGGCCCUCUGCCGCUUUCCCGAGUUCGGUCCAGGCAUCUUCGGCGAAGAAUUUUGGAAGCAGCAUGGCGACGAGGCUUCAUCUUACCAAGCCGUCGGCAGUCUGACCUCGAAUCCACUCAUUGCAGCGGACAUUAGCAGUGUAUUUCACUCUGGAGAUGACCUCAUCAAAACAAGUACUUGGGAUUGUCUAUUUGUCGCAUCGAAGGAACUGAGUGUGGCGCCGAUCAAUAACUACCUGUACAAGAUCAACUCAUCACUCAAACUCUGGAGUCCUCUGGCAAUGGCCAGGUGGAAAGCAGAAGACGAGGAAGAUCGUGAUGGCUUUCAUUUUAUGGACUCGAUCACUCGAAAGAAUUGGGUCGUGGUCGGCAUGGGUGAGUUCUCAGGGAACUCGAUGGUCGUCCAGACAUCAGAGUCCCGUCCUUACAAGCCAGUAUACAUGGUGUAUCCUUCGCGCGGCGCAAUCCCGUUAGAUGAAGAGACAAACGAGCCCGUAGUUUCCUAUCAGAUCGCACGCAAAGCAGUCAUUCAGACUCUCACACGCUCAUCCGAGUGGGUGCGCAAGGGAAAGGUGAAAUCCCAGCUGUCUGACCUCGAACGCUUAAAGCGUGAUUGCGCUCAAGCUGCUUUUGACAUUAUGUGGGCUGACCGGUUUGGGUCUUCUUCAAGCAUAGUCGCCCCAUCGGCUGAGCUCCUCGAGGAGAGAGAGGAUAGUGGAUCUGAUGGCGAGGCCGUGGCGGAGUCUGAAGAGCUUGAGGCAGAAGUGGGUGGCAAGUUUGGGAGUGAAGCAGGAGGGAGUGAGCCACCCAUGACAGAUGUUAGCGACUACCAGUCUUCUGAGCCCGAGUCCGAGCACGGAGACUCCUCGGUGGAGCCCACAGUCAAGGGUAAAAGGCGCGGUGGGUGGGAACUUGAAUCUCAGCUCUACAGUGCGGGAGAGGGCUCUAACAAACGCGUUCAAAAACAACUCGGAAUCACCAUGAACCAAAAGCGCCAUCCCAUGGACUCUGUGAUGAAGCGAUCCUAUACUCGGUGCUCGGACCCGGACCGUACCUGA